AUGCAAAUAUUCUUAAAUGAAAUAGAAGACCUAGUUAACGAAGAACAAGUGGAUUACAAUUUUGCCGAGAAGGAAGAAUUUAUGAACAAUACGUGCAGAAAAUUAAUUGAAAAAAAAGAAAAAACAAAAGGGAACAGUUUCUCAAUUCAACAAAAAAUCAACUUAUUUCUUGGCGAAGUAAAUUUUAUUAAUCACGUAUUUGAUGAAUAUUCUAACGAGAAUGAACGAAAAAAAAAAAUUGCUGACAGUUACAAGCAACAACAAAGUGAAAAUUCAGUAAAAGUGGAAGAAGAAGAGCUUUUCACCAAAGAACAGAAUGAAAUUUUGAAGGAUUUAAUUUUUUUGGAAUUAGGCUUGAAUGAGUCCUCUCCAAAUGCAAAUGAUGCGAAAAAAUUUCUGCUAAAUAUUUGUGAGAAUUUGGAGAAAAUUGAGAACAAGGAAUUUAUACUAACCACGAAGAAGGCCCUGGACAUACGAAUUGAUGAUUUUCGAAAAAAUGAAAUAAGUGAAAAUUAUUUCUCAAAAGCUAUACACGAAAUAUACGUGGACACAGUGAACCAGUUAGUACACGAAGUAGAAAAGAAAGAAAAUAUGUUGAAGCAAGACACAAUGGAAGAUUCUGUAAAUAUUGCUAUGGAAGAAAUUCCUAAAACGGAUUUAAUAUUGGAACCUUCAGUUGAGGGAAUGGAAAUGGCAAAUCAAGUUGUCAAACAAUGUGAAACAUAUAACAAUCCCACGCCCUUACCAGAAAAGGAUAAGACGGGAGGGGAGGUAGUUGUUUUCGGGGGAAAUGUUGCCCAUAGGAAGAAUAAGAAGGAUCAGCAAGUGGUACAUUCUAAUUAUUUCCAUAAGAAAAAGAUGAAGCUAGUGCAGCGUUGGCAGAAGGUAGCUCAAGAAUCCAAGUUGAUGAAUGACUCAGAUGCGAGCGUUUAA